AUGGAUUUUCAAAUAGGUGAUAAAGUCACAGUAAGAGAUGAAGAAGGGGUCAUACGCUUCAUUGGAUCCACUCAAUUCGCUGACGGAGAUUGGAUUGGUAUUGAGCUAGACUCUACCCUAGGACGUAACGAUGGGGCACUCAAUGGAGUGCGAUACUUUGAAUGCUUGAAACCAGGAAAAUAUGGGGUUUUUGUAAGACCGCUGUUAGUGAAGCUGUCAACGUCGCAAUACUUACAAAAAGCGCUGCAAGUGACAAUGGAUGUUAACGUUUUGGUUGAGCGGUUGCAACAGAAGCUAAAACAUGCUCUUGACGAGACUAAGCACGCAAAAGAUGAGGUAUCUCGUAUGGAGAUUAUAUUGAAAGAUAAAGAUACCAAAUUAGAAAAUUUAGAGGUUGAUGUCGAAAAUGCUGCCGUGGAGAACGAGGAUUUGCAGGCUCAGAAUGAGAAAAUGAAGCGAACCAUAGAAGACCUCCAGCGCGAAUAUGAUGCUCUCAAACAAGAUUUCAAAGCUGUGAGCGAGGAGUUGAGCAUUAAUAGAGAGCUCGAGGAUGAGAUUUUGGCACAAGCGCCUUCUCAAGUAAGCGCCAGCGAAGCUAUCACUCUCAUUAAGCAAAACAAAGAAUUCGCAGAAGCACUAAAUCAACUCAAAUUGACUGUGUCCAAUAAACAAGACGCUGUCAACUUGAAGGACAGUGAACUCAUAAGCGUGAAGGAGGAAUUUAAAUUUCUAAAGGUGGCUCACAGCAAAACUGUCGAAGCAUUAAAGAAUUCCGAAGAAACCAUCGAAGAGCUUCAAACACAACUAGAAGCGGUCUCUACACUGCACGAACUAGUGGAAUAUCUCAGUUCUGAGAAUGAUACCUUGCAAGAGAGGGUGACUGAUCUUGACGCCACAGUUCAAGAGCUCAAUGAAAUACAUGAGAUAGAUAAAGCAUUGUUGCUGGACAGCAAAGAGCAAGAAGAACGCCUAAAGGCAGAGAUCUCCAGGCUUCUUAAUUCAAUAGAGUCGUACGAGUCGACGAUUGCGGAAUUGGCAGAAAACAAUUCAGACCUCAAAAGACAACUUGAUCAACACCUUUCGAAAUCAAGGAGGUUGCAAGGUGAUCCCUCAAUAGAUCUGAAAAAGGAGGAAGCAAAGGUUACCCUCGAAAAGUCCGACUACUUAAACAGCAUUCUAUCUACAACUAAAAAAUCAAGACAAGAAAUAAUCAGCAAUCUCAUUGGUUCCGACUUCGAGAAGCAGUUUAACGCUUUGAUUGAAUUAAGCGAUCUCUCAAUAAAAGUAAGGGCCCAAAUUCUGCUUUUUGAGGAACAGUCAAUAUAUCAACAAAAGAUUACUGUAAAGUUGAGGAGACUUUUGGCGAUGUUUAAUUAUCUCAUUUUGAUUUUGAAGCAUAAUAUCCUUGACAUUAAUGACUCUGAUCAGAUAAUCGACAAGAUUAAGAAGACAGAAGAGGAAAUAGAUUUAGUUCACACGCGCUUGUUGAACUCUGAUUUUGAAGGCAUUGCAGAAUCAUCACUAUUUCAGAGCAUGUUGAAUAUCUCAUUAGCGUUUGAAAGUCCAGAAAUGGGCAAUCAUGCCGAGUUGACUUACAUAUUGGAGAAUAUGAUGGCGGAGGCUGAUCUUCUCGUGAAAAUUGUGAGGCAUAUCGAAGUAUCAUCAUUGGGAAGAACUUUCAGUGGUCUCGCAGAGAUAUACACCACUACCAAAGAUUGCAUAAUCUCGGGCGAUUUCCUUCUAAAAGAACUCCACAACAGCAUCGACAGAGAUUUGAUGAACUUGAAUGCCUUGUCGCUAGACUCAUUGUCACUCUUGAGAAAUAGCUUAUGGGAGAUAAUAUCUGACAUUUGUGAUUUGAAGAUGGUUGAUGAAGAUGAUGUCAGCGAAGCCGUUUGUGAAGCUGUGAGCACUUUUCAACUGCGCCAUCCAGCUCUUGAAGAGGAUAUAAAUCGAUUAAAGUUUUUGAGAGAUGAUCUCGCCAAUAUAAAGUUAGUGUUCAGUGAUUCUGCGUCGAAGUCUUUCGUUUUGAAUUUCAGUCAACAAACUAAUAGUACGGAGUGCUCUUCAAGUAAUGAUGCGGCAUUGGCAGUAAAGGAUAAACAGAUUCACGACCUACUGUUAAACAUAAAGCUUCUUGAGCAUAACUUACAGUCCAUGACGGAAAGUUAUACGUCGGAAUCCCAAAGACUCGAAAACCUUGUCGAGGAACUCAAAGAAGGGCACGCUCGUCUAGAGCUCCAGUAUAAGUCAUUGAUGAAUGAGAAUCUUACUUUGGAAAAGAAGGCGCAUGAACUUCUCUCCCUCGAUGCGAUAACGGAAGCUGGUCAGCAAACCAAACACUUUGGUGAUUUAGUUUCGAAGAAGAGGUAUACCGAAGAGAUGGCCCUUUGCGAGGAGAUAGCAUUCUUAAGAAGCUUACUUCGAAAGAAACCAAUGCCAUCGAAAAGAAAGACAGGUGAAGUUCUGUGGUUAAGGCAGCCGAUCUCGAUAAAUUGGAGAAAUAUUGACGCGCCUCAUUUCAUGAGGUGGGCUCAUGAAAGGCGUGCUUACGCUAUUCGUAUGUCAACAAGCUCUACACAACAGAUGCCGAAGCAUCGGCUUAACUUCCAAAGAUGUACUUGA